AGUGGAUUAUCCGCUCCAAAUAUCCACAAAAUUUAUUCCAAUUUUCCCCUCACUCUCAGGCGAGCUUCGAGAACGGCGUCGAUCUACGUUACCCUCCCCGCACCAAUAAUAAAAACCAUGCACUUCGCAGAGAGAGAAAUGAAUCCACCGCCGCCGCCGCCGCCGCAGUACCCGAGGCAGCAUCGUCCGCAAGGUGGCAACGGCAACGGCGGAGGAGGGCUAAUUCCGAUGAUGGAGACGACCACGAUGAGGCGGCAGGCGUCGUCGUCGCAGCACUCCGACAACGAUCGGAGCAGCGGAGAGCUGCGUGCGCUCGACUGUAACCUAACUUCUCUCUGCGACCACAUACAGCUCGAAGGGUUCAACGGUGGCUCGUUCUCCGACAUCGUCGUUCAUGCCAUGGGCUCCACCUAUCACCUCCACCGCCUCAUCCUCUCCCGGAGCUCCUACUUCAGAAACAUGCUUCAUGGGCCUUGGAAGGAAGCUAAUGCUCCAACUGUGACCCUGCAUGUUGACGACAAGAAUGUUAAUGUGGAGGCCAUAUCAAUGGCUUUGGCGUAUCUUUACGGGCAUCACCCUACGCUUAAUGAUAGUAACGCCUUUCGUGUGCUUGCUGCUGCUUCUUUUCUUGACCUUCAGGAUUUAUGUGCAAUUUGCACUGAUUUCAUUAUAUCUGAACUUUGGACUUCAAACUUCUUAGCAUAUCAGAUUUUCGCGGAGGGCCAAGAUUACGGUAUACAUGGAGAACGUGUUAGAAAUGCUUGCUGGGGCUACCUUUGCCAAAGUGGUGAUAUGGAGUUGAAAGAGGUGCUUCCAAAACUUUCUUCGCAAACUUUGCAAGCACUGCUGACCUCAGAUGAACUCUGGGUACCUAGUGAAGAGAAACGGUUUGAAUUGGCAUUUUACACAUUUCUUGCGAAAUGUGCUUUGUGCAAAGGAGAACAGCCAGAGGAAGGAUGUUUGUCUACUGAGAUGGGAACAAAUUCUCAUCCUGAUUUUCCUAAAGUAGAGGGAAACAACUUGAGCUAUAGGGGCACUGAUAAACAGUUGGAAUCUGAGUUAGGGUGCAUGAGUUUGAAAGAUGACCUUGAAGCUCUUAAUGCUGCUCAUAAUGUUAUGGUUGAAUCUACGGAUGGUGUGGUUGGUUCUGAAACUGGGGUCCAUAGUUCAAAACAACAGUUGUUACAAGGUUCACCCAUGGAUUCACAUAUGGAGCCAAGAUACAAUGGCGACGUUGAACAGCUUUCAUCGAGUAACUCACUUUCAUAUAUGGAUGAUGUUAGAUCCUUAUCUUCUUAUCUUGAAAUGCCAAGUGCUGUUGGAACGAGUGGAUUGACAGGUAAUGGUGUUGCUAUGGAAGGGCCGUCUGAAGAAGGAUCUUGCUACCAAUUGAAUAACAAUAGUUGGCUUUCCAGGGACCAAAGGCACUGCAAUACAAUGAACGCUUCAUACAAUGGGUUCGUGCCUGGUGAAUGGGGGAGAUGUGGCAUGCCUCCUUUAUCAUGGGGGGGCAGGGUAGUGGGUCGAAGACAGGUGAAAGGUUAUGCCAAAGGGAACUGUGGCAUGAGUGAGGAAGAAUAUGACGCGUUCGUCAAUAUCUUUGAAGGAGGUUCUCUUUUGUAUUGUAAUAUGUCUUUCCAAGCACUUCUAAAUGUGAGAAAGCAUCUUGAAGAAUUGGGGUUCCCUUGCAAAGCUGUCAAUGAUAGUCUUUGGCUGCAGAUGCUUUUGAGCCAGCGGGUGCAAGAAAUUGGUGCUGACACUUGCAAAAAUUGCUGCCUUGUCAGUAUGGCCUGCACAUGCAGGCAACAUUUUGGAUUUUCACGUGGAGUUGCUGCUACUGGUUAUUAUGGUCAAGGGCAUGAUCACAAUAAUCAACCAAGUAAUGUAGGAAAUGUUUAUGUCACUGAUUCUACCCAAGGUGAUGGAAACGGAAUCUUUAGGCCUGUGAGAGUUCAUGUGAGAGGGGCCAUUGAUGGGUUAGCUGGUAUUGGACGUGGGACCACAUUUGUGCCAGCAGAUGCUUGGCCUCCAACACGUUUUGUCUUUUCCCGUGUACCAUUUGGUGUGGGCAACCGAAACUGCCAGCAGUCUCUUGCCAAUGAUGAUUCAGAAGCUAGAGGUGACCACAGUGGUGACCCGGCUGGUGAUGGAUUGACUGCUUUGGUUGGGCUGAGCCAAGGUGUAAACAUGGUUGGUGCUCAUGGAGAGCAAACGGAGAGUGGGUAUGAGAUGGAUCUACAGAGCAGAUUGACUGGAUCUGGGCCUUCUGUUGCUGGGCCUAGUACUAGUGACAUUGCUGUGCAGAUGCUAGAGUCACCAGAGCACACUAUUGGAAUUGAGUGGGAAAAUGCGAACAGUUCUAUAUCUUUGGAUAUGAAGACACCUUUGAAUCACUUCCCUCCGUUCCGUUUUGCGGUGGAAUUCCAGGAUGUGCACAGGCUCAGUGAUGGCCAGGUCAAGCACUCUUCAGAAGUAUUUUAUGCUGGUUCUUUGUGGAAGGUUAGUGUUCAGGCUUUUAAUGAUGAAGACCCUCAAGGACGCAGGACUCUUGGAUUAUUUCUCCAUCGACGGAAGGCAGAGAUAACAGAUCCCCUAAGAAAGGUUCAUAUGUAUGUGGAUUCUCGCGAAAAGGUUACUGCACGAUAUCAAUUAAUUUGCCCAUCCAAAAGAGAGGUAAUGGUGUUCGGAAGCUUCAAGCAGACAGGAACUCUUUUACCAAAAGCACCCAAGGGGUGGGGUUGGCGUAGCGCUUUGUUAUUCGACGAGCUUGAUGAUCUCCUCCAAAACGGGGCCUUGCGAAUCGCCGCUGUUGUGCAGCUCGUCUGACACUGCUGAUGUACAUCAAUAGUCGCCUAACUUUAAUCAUUUGAUUAAAAAUUAGCUGCCUCUGACCCAACUUAGUGGUUUAUGCAGAGUCACUCUUAAGUACUUGAAAUUCCUCUUUAUCGUCCAUAAUGUCGUUCAUAUUAUAGGUACCGUAUGAUCAUCUUGUAAAAUAUAGUAUGCGUACAUUCCAAUCUGCGAUAUAUAUGGGUCAGAUCUAUGCCAUUUUGGGUA